AGUCGCAGCCUUUUAAAUACAGGGGGGCGUCCUCCCGACCGACCGAGCGGUCUGACUCUCCGCGCGACCUAUGCGCCUUUAACCGCUGUGACUGCUGCUCGCCGUUUACACAAACACACGCGAUUCAGAAACGCCCGUUCGGAGCACACGGAGAGCACCAUGAAGAAGUUUCGGAAGGUGUUGGACGGUUUGACCACCUCCUCUCCUGCGAGUACUGGCGGAUCGCCCUCGUGCGGCAGCGCCGCUGGGACCCCCACUGCAGCACCGACCCCGCGUGAGAUAGACAUCCCGGAGACGCUCAUGUCAGAAAACUUCCAGAUUUGUAAGACGGUGCGUCAUGGCUUCCCUUAUCAGCCCACUGCUGUGGCCUUUGAUCCUGUGCAGAAGAUUCUGGCCAUCGGCUCUCGCUCUGGAGGAGUACGCAUUCUGGGCCAGCCGGGAGUGGACAGCUUCUGCCAACACGAGAGUGGAGCCGCCGUGCUGCAGCUGCAGUUCCUCAUCAACGAGGGGGCGCUGGUCACGGCCUGCUCAGAUGACACCCUUCACCUGUGGAACCUCCGACAACGACGACCUGCUAUCCUGCACUCCCUCAAGUUCAACAGGGAGAGGAUCACUUUCUGCCACCUGCCCUUCCAGAGCAAGUGGCUGUAUGUGGGGACGGAGCGCGGGAACACCCACAUCGUCAACAUCGAGUCCUUCGUCCUGUCUGGCUACGUCAUCAUGUGGAACAAGGCCAUAGAGCUAGCAACCAAAACACAUCCAGGCCCUGUGGUGCACCUGAGUGACAGCCCAAAAGAUGAAGGGAGGCUGCUGAUUGGCUUUGAGAGUGGCACCAUUGUCAUGUGGGAUCUGAAGGCCAAGAAAGCAGAUUUCAGGAUCUAUUAUGAUGAGGCUAUCCACUCAGUGAGCUGGCAUCAUGAGGGGAGGCAGUUCAUGUGCAGUCACUCAGACGGCAGCCUGAGCAUGUGGAACCUGCGCAACACAGCCAAGCCCUUCCAGGUUACCUUCCCCCACGGUAAGACACAGAGGGAUGUGAGGAAAGAGUCCUGUAAGCCCAUCCUGAAGGUGGAGUACAAGACCUUGACGCUGCAGAUGCUGUAUAAGCUGAAGAGCUCCAAGGUGUUUGAGAAGCCGCUGACGCUGCAGAUGCUGUAUAAGCUGAAGAGCUCCAAGGUGUUUGAGAAGCCGCUGACGCUGCAGAUGCUGUAUAAGCUGAAGAGCUCCAAGGUGUUUGAGAAGCCGCUGACGCUGCAGAUGCUGUAUAAGCUGAAGAGCUCCAAGGUGUUUGAGAAGCCGCGUGUGUGUGGCGCGGAGGGCUCGCGGGCGGCCGAUCUGGCGGAGGAGGACCCGUACGCCGUGCAGAUGGUCAACUGGUGCCCACAGAGCCGCCUGCUGUGUGUGGUGGGCAUCUCCGCCAACCUCAUCCUCUUCCGCCUCAGCCGGCACGAGGCCAACGCCAACAUCACCGCUCUGGAGGUGCGUCUGCACUGUGAUAUGGAUGAGGUGAUAUCGCCGUCGGAUACGGAGAACAAUCCCUGUCUCUCGGAGACCAGUGGCCACUCCCCCCAACCGCCAGGGAGUCCCCGCCCCCCCACACCCGACGGCAGCAGAGACACCAUGGCCUGCCUCAAGGUGAAGGAGCGGGUGGUGCGGAUGCCUGCUGGCUAUCAGGCUGAGCUGGUGGUGCAGCUGCAGUGGGUGGAUGGGGAGCCUCCUCAGCCAAUCACAAGCGUCGACAUCAACUCCGCCUACGGCCUGCUGGCUGUGGGCAACUGUAAUGGUCUGGCGGUGGUGGACUACCUGCAGAAGACGGUGCUGUUGUGCAUGAGCACGCUGGACCUCUACGGACCUGCUGACCCCUUCCAGCGCCUGACCCGCUCCCCACGCAAGAACCGCCAGUCCACCUCCGAGCAUGGCUUGCGUGGCCUGUCUAACUUUUAUUCCGACUCAAAGAAACGGAUCCGCACGUCCUACCAGAGCCUUACGGAACUCUCCGAUAACCAAGUGUCUCUGGACAUGGAGCGCAGCAAGUCCCCAACCUCAGAUCAUGUGAAUGGCCACUGUCCGAGCCCCGCGUCCUCCCAGCAGGCCGUUGUGGGGGGGCGGGGCCGAGUGACGGGCGGGCCGGCGGGGGAAGGGAUCCGAUUGGCCCGCAGGGGCCCCGGCAGACCGCCCUUCCGAAAAGCCCAGUCCGCCGCAUGCAUGGAGAUCUCCCUGCCUGUCGCCACGCACACCGAAGAGAGCAGGGAGAACUCGUUCAGUCGCUCGCGCAGCUCCAGCGUGUCCAGUAUUGACCGGGACACUAAGGAGGCGGUGAGCGCGCUGCAGUUCGGCGAGUCGUACGGCCGUAAGGGGGACGCGCUGCCCACGCCAUGCCUCUGGGUGGGCACCAGUCUGGGCCUCGUGCUCCUCAUGCCCAUCUCCAUACCCACCGACGACCAGGAGCGCCUGGAGGACCCUGUCACUGUGGCACCCACCGGCACGGUGUUGAUGCUGAAAGGCUCGGUGCUGCGCUUUGCCUUCCUGGACUGCGGGGGCGCUGUGAUGCAGACGCCGUACGAGGUGUGGCGCGACCCCAACGCCAGCGAUGACCCCGAGCGUCCGCGGCGGCGGCGGCUGGUCAACUUCUCCCCGGGCUCGUCGCAGGAGGCCAGCGCGGAGGGCCAGCUGGCCGUGGUGUGCUCGGAGCGGCAGGCUAAAGUGUUCCUCAUGCCCUCGCAGGCCUGUCUCUACGUGCACAACAUCACCGAGGCCUCCUUCGUCAUCCGCGCAGACGUCGUCUCCCUCAACACCAGCAUCUGCCUCGCAUGCUUCCUCGCCAACGGACACGUCAUGACCCUCAGUCUGCCCAGCCUGCGGCCGCUGCUGGACGUGAACUACCUGCCUCUGACGGACAUGCGCAUCGCGCGGACGUUCUGCUUCACCCACGGAGGGCAGGCCCUCUACCUGAACUCCCCCACCGAGAUCCAGCGCAUCACCUACAGCCAGGACAUGUGCCACAACCUGCAGGAGAUGCUGGGGGAGCUCUUUAUCCCCAUAGAGACGCCUGAGGCCCAGAACAGAGGCUUCCUCAAGGGCUUCUUUGGAGGCAACGCACAGACCUUCGACAGAGAGGAGCUCUUUGGCGAGGCGGCAGCGGGCAAGGCGUCGGGCAGCCUGGCGAAGCACAUCCCGGGGCAGGCGGGCAUGGAGGGCAUGAAGGUGGCGGCCGGCGGGGUGGUGGGGGAGCUGGCGCGCGCCCGCGUGGCGCUGGACGAGAGGGGGCAGCGGCUGGGCGAGCUGGAGGACCGCACCGCCCUCAUGAUGACCAGCGCAGAGUGCUUCUCCAAGAACGCCCACGCGCUGAUGCUGAGGUGUAAGGACAAGAAGUGGUACCAGUGGUAGACAGGCACAGCGGUGGGGCGCAUUCUCCCCCUCCACCAGGAGGGGGUGCUGUGGCUGUUGCUGUUUCUGGACCUUUAAGUCUUCUAUGGAGAGAGGGAUGAAGAGAGGAGGAGGUGAACGGAUGGAAGAGAAGAGAGAGGGAAAAAGGGGAUGGAUGGACACAGAC